AUGUUAACUUCGCCCUCCACAUUGGACCCUCUCGAUGUGCUACUCUCCCCGCCGGCCGACGAAUCCACCGAGGAGCGGGCGGCCAGAUUGUCUGCAGAGGCGGAGGCGAAGAAGAUUUCCGACAUGAUUGACGAGGAGCUGCAAAGGCAGGAGCGGGCAGAGAAGAGGGGACAAAAGCCUAUCAAAAUAUUGCUGCUUGGUGAGUCGCAGCUUUCCGUGGAGCGUAGGGCAUUCCGCGCGGAACGAGCGUCAUGGCGCGCCGUAAUACACCUCAACGUAGUGCGCUCAAUCCGUGUGAUCCUGGAAGCGAUGGCCGAGGCACAGACCGCCCAGCGUUCGCCUGAAGAGCCCAGCGCUCCCCCGCGGGUGCUCCCCUCGUUGACAGCAGAACAUCUGAAGCUCAAGAUGCGUCUGUCGCCCUUGGUGCAAGUUGAGCAGGCGCUUGUGCGGAAGCUGACACCGCCGGGCUCGACAGAGUUUGAGGCGACUCAUCUCACGAACGUGUCGAACUACCAAUAUACGCCGCGCACGAAAGAGGUUGCGGUGAAUUCGCAAUUUGCAUGGAAGCACAUGUUCAGCCGGUUCCUGCCCGACUCGAGGGACAGCAUGGAUAGUGAAGAAGGCAUCAAUUGGGACGACCCGCAGGAUCCUGGCAGAAUCAUCUAUGCGUGCGGCGAGGAUAUGAUCCGGCUAUGGAACGACGAGACUAUCAAAGCUCUUUUGAAAAGCCUCAACAUAAGACUAGCGGACCAGCCAGGAUUCUUCCUCGACUGCCUAGAUCGAGUGACAUCCCCGCGAUAUGUGCCAACGGAUGAUGAUGUCCUUCGCGCGCGGCUGAAGACAUUGGGCGUCACCGAGUACCGGUUCACGAUAAAAGAAGGGGCACUUGGUGGGGUCUCGCGAGAUUGGAAGAUCUUCGAUGUCGGUGGGCACAGAUCAUUAGUGGCCGCGUGGGCGCCAUAUUUUGAUGACAUGAAUGCAAUUAUCUUCCUCGCACCCAUCAGCUGUUUCGACCAAAUGCUGGAGGAGGAUCCUACCGUUAACCGGCUGGAGGAUUCGGUGCUUCUCUGGAAAUCUAUUGUCUCAAAUCCCUUGCUUGCGAAAACGAGCAUUGUCCUCUUCCUCAACAAAAUUGACAUCUUCAAAGCUAAGCUCGAGGCUGGCGUGCAGCUGGGGAAAUACAUUGUCUCAUACGGGAACCGGCCAAAUGACUUCGAGAGCACGUCAAGCUGUGAGUCUAUUGCAUGUCCUCAUAGGCGUGCGAAGGGAGCUGAUCUGGAUGGCACUGUCAUGAUGAUUCAUGCAGAUUUGAAGCGGAAGUUUGCACAGAUACAUAAGGACAAGUCGCCCGAGCUGCGGAGCUUCUACUGUCAUUUCACCACGGUGACGAAUACCAAAUCGACACAGCACAUUCUAUUCGAUGUCCAGGACACCGUGGUGGUCAAGAACCUCAAGAACAGCAGCCUCAUAUCAUAG